GCGAAGAAGUUCAACACAGAGAGCUUCAGUUUUAAUGCAGACAUGCGCAGACAGCGCUCGUGAAAUCCCUCUUUCCAGCACGGCACCGUACUAGUGACGGGAUAAACGAUCAUACGGCGCAUUCGCAACCGAAAGAGUUAUAAGAGCUCGUACAGACGGCUGCAGGUGGCUGUUUAUUGUGAGUGCAAAAUAUGAAUUAGUAGCAAUCGACCUUACUCCUUGAUGAAUAUACGUAUAAGUUACUCCAGGGAGUGUCUUAUCGUAGAAUAAUAUGACGACUGUGAUGCGAUCAUGAGUUACUCGUGAUGUGGUCUGUGAGGCUCGGCAGAUCACUUUUCUCUUCGGGUUCAGGACAGCUGAGAUUCGCUGGUAACGAUAGCAAUUUGACGUUUCCAGCUACUGCCAUUGAGGAUGAAGAUGAUACAACUUGGGGGUUCUUUCCAGAAGAGGAGGUUAGUCUUCAAAUUCGUUGGCCUAUCGGGCUGCUUCUCACCUCCCUCACAGUUUUCAUUGCACUGGGGAACACCCUGGUAGUCCUGGCCGUACUCCUUGAGCGUCAACUGAGAACCUUUGAGAACUUCUUCUUUGUCUCUCUGGCUAUCGCAGAUCUGUCCAUUGCCCUAUUCGUCUUGCCUCUAACUCUGAGUGUUGAGUUGUCAGACGGCAAAUGGCACUUCGGUCGUGCUGCUUGCGAUUUCUUCAUCUUCGUGGACGUGUCGUGUUGCACUGCUUCAAUUCUCCAUCUCUGCACAAUUGGGCUCAACCGUUUCUGGUCUAUUUCAUCCCCACUAAAAUAUACCACUAAACAGACCAACAGACGAGCUUUCCUCACCAUCAUAUCAAUAUGGCUUCUCUCCUUCGUCGUUGCAUCACCUCCAAUAUUCGGCUGGCCGCAACGAUCCAAAAAAAUCACCAAUCAGUGCACCUACGAUGAAGACCGGCUUUACGUUGUCUGCUCAGCACUAGGAUCUUUCUACAUUCCCCUCGUUGUCAUGGUAAUUGUGUACUUUAGAAUUUAUCGUCUGUCUAAAAAAGGCGCACAGUUCAGAAGAUCGCAGGGCCGGGAGAAUGAUGUUUCAACGAGGCGUUGGCGUAGGCAUGUCACCGAGAGUAACCAGCGCUCCCGUGGUUUUGUUGACGGUGCUGCCAUGCAUGCUGUCAGGCGUCCUGACCGGGCCAACUCCAGUGAGCUAGCCAAAUCUCCUACAGCCAAGCCUCAGCCGCAGAAUGCUAAGAAGGGGCCGAAAUUCUGGUCCAUUGUUUACCGAGCGGCAUCGAAGGGGACAUCAAAGGAAUCAAGAAUGCGAUUUGUUGAGGUCAAAACGGCAAAGACAUUAGGUCUCAUCAUGUCCGUCUUUGUAGUAUGCUGGUUACCUUUCUUCCUUCUCUACGUCAUCAAACCAUUCUGUCCCAGCUGCCACAUUCCUGUCACUUUGGACCGAUCUGCUCUCUGGCUGGGCUAUGCUAACAGUCUGUUUAACCCAAUCAUCUACAUCUGCUGUAAACCUCUCUUCAGACAAACCUUCAAGAAGAUUUUACUCCUUAAAUGUUGCAACCUGAUGGGACGAUACACAUUACACGUGGAGUGCUGUCCGUCAACCCGUCCCAGAUUUCAUCACAUUCAACGAAGACAUCACAUCACUGAUAAGGAAUCGUCAUUUUCCUGUCGAAUGGAAUACGGGCAUUUGAGUGUCAACGUUCCCCCUGAUAUUUUACAUAUCGAAGAGAGGUCUCACUCUGUGAGGUCAAACAAAAGGAAGCGAUCCUUGGACCAGCUCAGCUGGACUUCAUCGUGCGUUGGUAAAUAUUACAAUGGGUCCAGCAGCAGUCCUGCAUCAGUGGAUUGGACCUGUUUGGGUCACAAUGUCAAACGAGUUCCCAAUUCGUGCGUCUCAGACAUACCUCAAGUUGUCGUGAGAAAUGGAGACGAUCAUCAACCACACCAAACCUUCAGUGGGAUAACACACUCACAAUCCACUAAUCUGAGGAGUUUUAGUAACAUAAGCUUGGUGCCAGACACAGUGGAGAGUAAGGAAGACAGGGAAAGCAGGGCCAAACAUCGGCCCAAAAUGCGGACUGAUCUCAUCUUAAACUCAGAUAUUUCUCCGCGGGUGCGCGUUUUGAACCGACGAUGCACGUGGUCUGAGCCAGCAAGGUGGACACAGCAAAAAAGUAGCUCGCUGUACCAACUGAAGAAAGUGACAGAUAUAUUUAACCAUCUUUAAAGCAUAUUUGGCUGCCUCUAGUGUGGCAAAUAGAAUGACACUCAUUUUGACUUUAAAAGAAAAACCUCAUUUGUUUUGCAGGUUUGAAGAAAAUGACAGGAGCUGUUUAGACUAAGCUGGAAAAUGUUGAUUGGGGCUUGAAUGUUAUUUUACUGUGAUUCUAUGAAUCUAUAUUUUCACAAGAGGAGAUUCCAAAGUUAAAAACCGCUUUUCUGUAGAGCACUGCAAGUUACAGACAAUCAUAGCUAUUGUCCGAGUUAAAUCUAGACAAAUUAAAACAAUAAUUUUUCAUUCACUUUUCACUGAACAACUUAGGUUACAUAAAAAUGCUUAGCGUAAAACGAACUACAAAACAAAGGUGGACUUAUUCCUAAGGCUGUACAGACUUGGGUUGCUCAACCUUCCUAGAUCGAACCAGCCCUGUUGCCAGUUUCAAGCAUUAGAUGGGGCCACAGCACUAACUAGGGGGAAAAUCACGAACAAAUUAAUACAGAACUUCGAUGCAUAUGGUUUUGCCGAUAGUGGAGUCAGCUGCUCACAAAAGGAUCGGUCUCCGCCCCCCCCCCCAGCGACGGGCCUUGAUCGAAAUGUUUGGUAAUUGAAAAACUUUAUUCAUCAAACUGCAUCAUAUUAAACUUGUGAAAAAAUG